AAAAUGCAUAUUUUGGGUUAGCUUUGAUAAGUCAGAUCAGUUGAUUUGUCUCUUUGGAGACUGGGACUGUUUUUCCUCCUGUGCUGUGGGAUAGUGUCUUGUGAUUCUUUCUGGAACCCUCCAGAACCUGAACAUAGCCUUCCCUGGUACUUCCGUGACAGCCCUUGGUGAUGUCUUGUAGAAUUUUUGUUGUUAUUUUUGUUUGUUUUGAGACAGUGUCUCCAUAUGUACUCCUGGCUGGCCUGUAUAAGCCACACUGGCCUGGAAUUCAAAGAGCUCUGCUGACCUCUGCCUGAGUUCCUGUUUACUGUCAGGAGAAAAGAGAGCAGAGUUUCUAGAUAGCCCUUCUGAUUUCCAGUGGUUGCCUUAAGAAAUAGCAAAAGGGUCUCAAAAAAAUCUGGUACUAUUUGCUGUUUGAGGAAAAUUGCUCAAGGACCUUUCUGUGAAUAUAAUUAGACUUUGGUGCACAAUGUUUAAAUUGUCUAAUCCUUUUAUUUUUAAAGUGGCCAACGACUUUAUUUGCUCAUUUCUGGCAUUUGAAGCGCUCUCUGACAUCGUUGGCCUGAGAUCCUUUGUAGUCUUGAAGCACUCACUCCUGCAGCCUCCCACUUUGUAGGGUUUUCCUCCGUCAGCUUUACAGGUGCCCACCCGUUCCCCUACUUUCCUGUUAUCACCUCUGGUUGGGCUGAUUUGAUGCUCAGUGCAAAGGACCUCUAUCUACUUGAUGCAGAGACUCACCAUACUUGGAUAUAAGCACACAAAGCUGGGUUUGGCACUUGUCUAAGGUUUGGUGGCUUUGUAAAUCUGAGCUGUGGAUGAGUGUGAUCUCCCAUACUUCUUGUAAAGCGAUGUUGAUACGCAUUACAACUCAAGCAGGAACCCCUCCUGCGCUGUGGCCGUGGGUUACCACAGAGCCAAAUCAUGAAAACACCCAGGCUGGCUUCACACCCGCGUUUCUGCCUCAGUGCGAGAUCCUGAAGGAGUUGGAUGACUACUAUGAGAAGUUCAAGCGGGAGACGGACGGCACCCAGAAGAGGCGGGUGCUGCACUGCAUCCAGAGGGCCCUGAUCCGCAGCCAGGAGCUCGGUGAUGAGAAGAUCCAGAUCGUCAGUCAGAUGGUGGAGCUGGUGGAGAACCGCACCAGGCAGGUGGACAGUCAUGUGGAGCUCUUCGAAGCCCACCAGGACAUCAGCGACAGCACUGGCAGCAGCGGCAAGGCUGGCCAGGACAAGUCCAAGAGUGAGACAAUCGCUCAGGCAGACAAGCCGAAUAACAAGCGGUCCCGGAGGCAGCGAAACAACGAGAAUCGAGAGAAUGCGUCUAAUAAUCACGACCACGAUGACAUCACCUCAGGAACGCCCAAGGAGAAGAAAGCAAAAACCUCAAAGAAGAAGAAACGCUCCAAGGCCAAAGCAGAGAGGGAAGCCUCUCCCGCAGACCUCCCCAUCGACCCCAACGAGCCCACGUACUGUCUGUGCAAUCAGGUCUCCUAUGGAGAGAUGAUCGGCUGCGACAACGACGAGUGCCCCAUCGAGUGGUUCCACUUCUCCUGCGUGGGGCUCAACCAUAAACCAAAGGGCAAGUGGUACUGCCCCAAAUGUCGGGGGGAGAACGAGAAAACGAUGGACAAAGCCCUGGAGAAGUCCAAGAAAGAAAGGGCUUACAACAGGUAGUUUGUGGACGUUCACCCGUGAGAACAGACCCGCCGGUGUAUUUGUGUCGCUCGCUGCCUUUGCGGAAGUCCGAGGACCGUCAGAUGGGUGUUUUUAGAGGGGCUGGGAUGGGUCCUCUCCUCGGGACGGCGGACACAGCCUGUGUCUUCAUGGUGUACCCGUAACCAGACUGGGGCUGCAGAUCAGCAGUUUAGAAGCUACAAAGAGAGGUUCCAAUUAAACAUGUCAGCAAAUGUCAGACUGGUUUUUGGGGUUGGGGAGUGACUUGAAAGUAAUCUAACAGAUGUAUAAAGAAGAGAUUUAAUUUGGCUGUUUUAACAAAAAUGUUAUGGUUUACAAAAAAAAAAUCGCCAGGUUGCUGAAGUGCAGCAAGAGUGCUUCUCACUACCAUAAUGUAUAUCCACAUGACAAGUUGGUCAAAGGUUUAAAGUCUAAAUAUUAUUUUUUAAAAAGGUAAAUGAGUAAAUUUUACAUGACAUUUUAUACAUGGCCUAUUCCCCAACUGGCCAUUUUUAAUGACUGGGUACAUUUUUAGUAGGUCAGACACAAGUGGUCCAGGCAGUGGGUCCAAGUCUUGCCUUUGCUACCUAGGUCACAGUGUAGCCACCUUUAACUUAUGAAGUGUAUAAAUGUACAUUUCCCAGCCGCCUUGCCCCUGCUGUAGUAUAACCGGAAGUGCAGCCUGGUGCUGUUGUGAAGCCAAGGUGCGCAUCCUGCUGCGUGUGUGAGCUGUAUAGAUGUUGUGUCAAGAAAUAAAUGAAACUUGACCAGUUUGUUUCUUUAGCAUUUAAUUUUAACAUAUAAAUAAUUUUAAAUUUUUUUGUCUUAAAAAUUUAUACACCAGCAGUUUAGACAAAGCCUUAAGCAAAUUGUAUAAUACUGAUCUCACAUAAUAAGGAAGUAGACAUUAUGUCCAUGCCAGCAAAUAAAUGUCAAAAAAAUACUUAGAGCAGAGGUUAGGAAGUGACUGUGUACUAGAGAUCCAGCCCCACCAUCUGUUUUGUGUGGCCUGUGAGCUAAGAAUGGGCUCUGUGUUUCUAAGUGCUUUGAAAAAAUCUCAUUUCAUGAUACAUGAAAGUCCUAUGAAUUCAGAUUUGAGUGUCUAUAAAUAAAGACUCGUUGGAACACG